UGGAAACUAUUAGAAAUUAUGAAAUGGGUCUUGAUUUGAAUUUUUCUAAAGAGAUCACCUCAAAAAUGAAUUCCUCUGGAAAAAAUACGUCAGGACCAUGUUUUUUAGGUCAAUCUAGGCCUUCAAAUGGCUCAUUAAAUCGAGAAAUAGAAAUAAAAAUAGGCAUAGUAAAGCGUUUGAUUUGUGACCUUGUUAGCUACAAAAAGGAGCUUAAGAUGGAAGAGGAUAUUUAUUUAAAGCGUGAAGAAGAAGGCGAAGAUGAAUAUGUUUUAAGAAAACAGAAACAAGUGAUUGAUGAAUGUCAAAGAAUGAUUCCUGAUACAGAACGUCGUCUUUCAGAGGCAGUUGAGAAAUUAUCUAAAGAUUUGGCUGAUGGAAGAAUUGAUGGCGAUUCUUCUAGAAUUAGUGCUCUGAUUAAUGAGGCAUCAGUACUCUUGGAGCAUCGUGAUUAGUAACUAUGUCGUUCUUAGCUACCACUCUUAUCUGUUAUUUUAUAACAGGAUAAUUAACUUUAAAAGGAUGCUUUUUCUAAUGCGUUUAUUUG